CAACGUCUAAGUGUAAAUAAACAUGGCGACUGAGGCGGUAUGGUUUAGUGUAGUGUAUGCUAUGAUAUGUGUUUAUAUCCUUACGCCACCAACAGAAUUUGUGACGGCUGGUUUGACUCUUACACAUCUCUUCGGAAGGUUCAUCGACAAAGAGGAUGUGAAGUUCGUUGAGCACCACAUUCAGAGGACACUGUUGACUGUUAUCGUCCAUACUUUUCUGCCGCUAGGUUACUUCUUUGGUUUCAUGAACCUGAUUGAAGAUGACAGCUUGGUGGAGCUAUGGCAGUCCAAGCUGUUGUGGCAGGCUGGCCUGGCCGUGUCUUGCCUGGUGUUCACAGCAGGUAUUGUGGUAGCUUUCACAUGGUCCAUGGCAGACUGGGCCCGGCACCCUGUGACCCAGCGACUCUUGCAGUAUGGCAGCCCAUGGCACAUGAUUGCCAUGCGCAUCAAUGCAGAAUUUUCCCAGGUUGACAAGUUCAUCAGUGGUGCAGGGUCCCUCACGCGCACUGUAGUGACCAAUUCAUGGAUCAUCAAAGCUACACCAUACGACUUGCAUCUUAUCCAACAGACAGAUGCGGUGCUGGAACUGGUGAGCAGUGCCGAGCACUCUGUGUCACAUGUCAGUGGCAUGGGCAUUCAGUACCUGGACAUACUCGUCAAGAGUCGCAGGCCUGGAAUACCAUUCUUUUCCAUAAGGGUGAAUUCAAUGGAGUACAAUGACCUGAAGGAAAAACUGCAGGCUCCACUAGACAAUGUGCGCAAUAUUGUAAUACACCGAAGUCUUAGCGACAGGUUUACUGAUGCCUUCAGAAGCCAUGUUGAACAGAAUUCUAGGUACAGGCUGCCAGCAGGCAUGCUGGAGAAGAGGCAAGUGGUGGUUUUGCAUGUGCAGGAACUGGAGCCGUGCAUUGGCUGCAUGCAGACAACGGCCAACGUAAAGCUGCAGAAACUCUGUGAUGAAGCACUAGUAGGCCAGUGCCAGGGCUGCUUGUGCCGACCAAUGUGGUGCCUGGAUUGCAUGGGUCGUUGGUUUGCCAGCCGCCAGGACCAAGCACGCCCAGAGACCUGGUUAGGAAGUCGCUGCUUUUGCCCAACAUGCAGGUCUGUGUUCUGCAUGCUCGACGUCUGCAUCGUUGAAGGCUAGUUUACCUACCAUCAAGUCUCCUGGAAGUUUGAUAUCGACUGCUCUGACUGGAUGUGAGGACUUGGUGACCACAGUGUGACAUACCACCUAUUAUGCAAACAAUGAAGAUAAAUUUAAAGUUUAGUCUUUCUUGUAGGUCACCUAUAAAAAAAUGCACUGAAAGUUCUCACACUAAAUGAAACACCUCUGUUUUUGGUAUGACAUGUGUUUGGCUGCAUUGCUUACUGCACUGUCGAGAUUUUUUUUCUCAGCCAUUCUGUUAGCGAAAUUUCCUUAAGAGGUCCUAAACUACCCUUCAUGUUUGGUGAAAAAAUAAUUACAGCAAAAAGCAGUCCCUGCUGUGAACAGCUCAGCCAAAUGUUGUAGUCAUGCAUGACAAAGAGAGUUCACAACCGGUGUGUGAAGUUGUUACUUUGUAAACUGCCCUCUCCUUACAAGAGGCCCGUACACUCUCUUUGUAGGGCUAUCAUACCACAGAUUGUGCAUUGCUCAACAGAUUGCUGAUAUUGGCCGAAAGCUGACAAACCAAGAGCGGCAUUUGGAUCAGAUUUGCUUCUUGCCAUGGGGUACCGCCACAUAGCAUGUGCUGCAUUCUCUAGUGUACUGACAUUACACAGUACUGGCACGGCCGCUGGAUACAAAACAAGGUGCAGCCUGUUGUGUGCCACAGAAGCGACGGGACGGGCCUAGUUCACCUCACGCCCGCUCUGGCGCCACCACUCCUCUCAGGAGAAACGCUUUCACACACAUUUCUACGCGCCCCGCCACGGUGGUCUAGUGGCUAA